AUGAACCCAAACAACGCUCUUUGGGGUCAGCUCGUGCGCAAAACAACCACCGUUUCUCGCGGUGACUCAUUGGCCACCCCACCGACUGCUCCUCUCGACAAAACUGGGACAUCGAUGCGAAUUCUGCUUCAUGACACCCAGUCGAACUUCGAGCGGUUCUCAGUCAAAGUCGACUCCUUAUCGUCCGGAAUCGAUGACGCACGUCGAGAGAUAGUAGUCGUUAAAGAGCUCUUCAGCGGUGCGCAAGAGACCCUCAUGAAUGAUGUCGUCGAUGUUGUCAACCGAUGUCAAACUCAUCUUCAAACCGCCAUUGGAGGACCAGCGCAAGCUUCUGCUCUCCACGAGCUCCACAAACAAGUCGACGUCCGUUUAGAAUGCCUCUCCAAACGCAUUGACGACAUGCAAAUCUUCAACCAGACACAGUCUCUAACGCUGCAGAAUAUGCUCAAACUCCUUACCGCCGUCCAAGACCAACAGAAUCAAAUCCUGACAGCACUCUUGCCUCUCCAACCUCUUCUGCAAGCUGUGCCCGUUCACAUCGACUUUGCGCGCAGCAGUAUUAACGAAGCAAUGCUCAAAAUGUCGCUAGAGUCCAGCCAUAGAUCCCCAUCACAGAUUGGUCCACACACAACGCGUAAACGUUCCUUUGCUUCCAGUAUUGCGCCGCCUACUUCGCCGCCACUCGCUGCUCGAAAGAAACAACGGUUAGAUCCAGAAUUCAAGCACCCAGACACACUGACGAGUCCUGCAACCCUCCAACCCAAUACCCUCUCUCGUCAUCCAACUCGUAGUCCUGCACGAACAACUCUUCUCGUUCGUAACCCGUCUCUCUCUACCAUUUUUCGUGAAGCCAAUAUACCCCGGCGUCCCCUGAGCGAUCUCGUAUUCUCAGUAAACAACAGUGCUGUCCAGACUGCUCGUUCCAAAUCGCCAACCCAUGUGCAUCUACUACAAGCCAGCCUUGCUACAAAUACACCUAUGACUCCACCCUCUUCAUUCGAGAACACCAAACGGCUUGAUAUCCAACCACCACCACCAGUUCGUCAUGUUGCGCCUACAUCUUCGCCAUCCAAUGAUCGCCCUGGCUCACUUGCUGCUUCAACUAAUGCUUUGCCUAUCCCAUACAAACAGACCACCAAUUCCGCUGCUCCUGCUGCACUCAAAGUGACCAUGGUGCGAGGUAGACGUUCUCCAUUUAGAGAUGGUCGACGGUUUAUACCAUUAGACGAUGACGACUCUGGUUCAGACGACUAA